GAAGCGGUAAAGUCGCAUGCGUCAAAUUAGAUAAACCGAUCACGUCCGCGGAUGCAACGCCGACGGUCAUACUACAUCAAAUUAUCUUUGGAAAAGUCUUCAGCUGAUAUAAGACGCAGACUCUUGUCCGGAUACAACGAACAGCGAAGAGAGAGGCUAAACUCAUCCAGAAUCAUCUCUGUAGCUUCUGGGUAGUUCCAGUUUUCUAGAUUCUUCGAGAGACGAGAGGUAGCAAGACGAGAUAGAGGCAAUGACGGAGCAGCUGACCGACGACCAGAUCUCCGAAUUCAAGGAGGCCUUCAGUCUAUUCGACAAGGAUGGAGACGGCUGCAUUACAACCAAGGAACUUGGUACAGUGAUGAGGUCGCUGGGCCAGAAUCCUACUGAGGCUGAACUCCAGGACAUGAUAAAUGAAGUGGAUGCUGAUGGCAAUGGAACCAUUGAUUUUCCAGAAUUUCUGAACCUCAUGGCCCGAAAAAUGAAGGAUACCGACUCUGAGGAAGAGCUGAAAGAGGCAUUCAGAGUUUUUGACAAAGAUCAAAAUGGGUUCAUUUCUGCUGCAGAACUGCGCCAUGUGAUGACAAACCUGGGAGAGAAGCUCACUGAUGAAGAAGUCGAUGAGAUGAUCCGGGAGGCUGAUGUUGAUGGCGAUGGGCAGAUCAACUAUGAGGAGUUUGUUAGGGUGAUGAUGGCCAAGUGAUAUGGCAAGAAAAUGAUUGUAAAAAAAAAAAAAAAAAGGAAAAAGUCCUAAAACAUUGGAUGAAGAGGGUUGAACGUAAUGGGUUUCUAGUUUCUUUUCACUAUUUUAUCCGAUGGUUUUAAACUCAAAACUUGCGAAGGAUUUAGUCCUCUCUCGUAAGGGUGUGGUGGGUUAUUGUUUCCCUCCUUGUGUAUGUUGUGCCUUGUGACUCUUGUAUUUGGGCAUCUAUUAAUUUUUGCCCUUCAAACUUGUCCCGGUUUCUAAUUAGCCCUGCCAACUUUAAUGGUCUCCGUUGGAUGGAUGAUUUGUGCUAAUGGUGGGGUAUGAUUUUUUUAUUCCAUUGUGCAUGAUUUUUUGUUCCAUUGUGC